AUGGGAGGAUGUGCUUUAUUGCUGCAUUUGUGGGCAUGGACGCACUUCCCUACCAUCUCAACUGGUGUCCCAGAUGUCACUGACCCCGACGCUAUAUAUGGAGCCAGGUUUAACAUUUAUACGUCGAGACGGUUCGUCUUCUCUCACAUCAGACGCUACCGUCAUCAUAUUGACGUUAUGCCUAGCCGCAGGAUACGGUGGAGGCCUUAUCAUGGAUUCCCAGCACAUCAGUCGUUAAACGACGAGGCCCGCAGAUGGUUAAUUGUAUGUCAACUCAUACACUACCAGGUUGUCGUGUACCAGCAGCCUGAUCGAGUACUGCGACAGUUUGGAUAUAGGCAUUCGAUCCCGAGUGAUCCACUACCGUGUUUCGAGUUUCUGAUUGUUACCCUUAUUGGUAAUGGUGACGUAGACUGGAGGGACCACCACGGUCUGUACAUAGCGCAAUGGCAUUCGAGGGAUGCCCUCGUUUUACAGGGACUUCAGGCUAACACAUCUGAUGGACACCUAUCUGUCAACAGUACUUAUAUAUAG